AAAGUUGACUGCGAAACAACAUACAAAUCUUUCAGUUGGCGAUCAUACUUUAAGGAGAAUAUACGCAACGCGCACUAGCCUCGUUGAGUUUUCAAAGUUCGUGCGAAAUUGUGCUCUUGAAAUUUUAAAAUAGAUAUUGAAUAAUAUAUCAACUUUUCCAUAAAAUGGACAUAUAUCAGGUCACGGGUUUGAAGAAACCAGAAUAUGUUGAACACAUCGAAAAAUACGGUGAUUUGGAUGAACCUACCAAAGAACUGAUACAAGCAGCGAUUGCAGUCCAGAAGCACGCCUACGUACAAUACAGUAACUUCUACGUUGGUGCUGCCUUCCGCACGAAAGACAACCGCAUCUUUGCAGGUUGUAAUAUUGAAAACGCCAGUUUCACGCCCACGUCGUGUGCUGAACGCACCGCUAUCAGCAAAGCCGUUUCGGAGGGAUACCUAGAGUUUGUUGCAGGUGCAGUGGUCGCUUAUCAGGAGAACUCCUUUACAACGCCGUGUGGCGUGUGUCGACAAUUUAUAAUGGAGUUUGCGCCUAACGAUAUACCACUAUUCAUUACAAAAUCGCAAAUCAAUGUUGAGAAGUCUGACGAAGAUCUGGUGCUGUCGACAUCCAUCUAUAAUCUGCUGCCUCAUGGUUUUCGCACGUAUAAAAAGAAUUGAUUAAUUACAUAAUGGAAAGACAAAUAUUUUAAUCAAUAGUUACUCUUUAAUCAUAUCAAACUAUGGACCUCACUUACACCGUUAUUGCUGGCAAUAAUAAUGGUUUAAUGUAUACAUGUGUGUAUGUAUAUUUAAUUAAAAACUGGCAAUAGCAAAUAUGUAGUAUAGAUGAAGUGUAAUUUUGUACUAAUCAUAAAUACACAUAAAUAUUUAAUUUUAUUUACAGUUGUGUGCAUAUUAUAUAUACAUAUAUUAAUUUUGA